GUUUUCAUUGAUAUGACCUUUGGAGCUGGAGGACAUAGCAGUCACUUGCUGAAUACCGCCAAGAUAAAGCUAUACUGCUUAGAUCGUGAUCCCGUAGCUUAUGAGAAAGCACAGUCACUUGCUAAAUCUUGUCCCUCAGUCACACCCAUCCUGGGAAGAUUUAGCCAGAUGGAGUCCCUUUUAAAAGAUGUGGGAGUGAAACCAAAUAGUGUUGAUGGAAUUCUUAUAGACGCUGGCUGUUCUUCAAUGCAAUUGGACUCUGCUGAAAGAGGAUUUUCAUUUAACAAAAAUGGUCGCCUUGACAUGCGUAUGGACUGUGAUAGAUAUCCAAAUCAAGCAACAGCUGCUGAUGUCCUAAAUACACUGGAUGUUCAAAGUUUAGCGAAAAUCUUAAAAGUUUACGGAGAGGAAAGACAUGCAAAGAAAAUUGCCCGAGCUUUGUUUGAUGCUCGUUUCAUGUUGAAAACCAUUAAUACCACCCAUGAGUUGGCGAAUUUGGUGGAAAGCAUUUUGGGAAGGGAACAGAGAUUUGACAAACUUAACAGGCCAGUACAUGUGGCAACUAAAGUUUUCCAAGCACUAAGAAUAUUUGUGAACGAUGAACUGAAUGAAUUGAACUAUGGAAUGCAAAUGGCACACAUGUUUUUAAAGCCUGGGGGUCGGGUGGCCACACUAGCCUUUCAUUCGCUGGAAGAUAGGAUCUUUAAACGUCACAUCAUGGGCAUCGAUAUUGACGAACCUAUUUCCCAUGGCUUCAGCCAGAAAUAUCACAAUUCUGUUAUCUGGCAUCCGCUAGAAGUAGUGCAAGCAGUUUGUGCCAACAAAUGGACUUCUAUGUAUAAGCAUGUUUUGAAACCAUCUUUGGAAGAAGUGAAUGCAAAUCCAAGAAGUAGGUCUGCAAGGCUUAGAGCUGCAAUAAAAAUCUAG